AUGUCGGAACGCCAAAUGCCGUUCUUGAGGGAGCAUGAGGAGCAUGGGGAGCAUGAGGAGCAUGGGGAGCAUGGGGAACAUGAGGAGUAUGGGGAGCAUGAGGAGCAUGGGGAGCAUGGAGAGCAUGGGGAGCAUGGGGAGCAUGGGGAGCAUGGGGAGCAUGAGGAGCAUGGAGAGCAUGGGGAGCAUGAGGAGUAUGGAGAGCAUGGGGAACAUGAGGAGCAUGAGGAGCAUGGGGAGCAUGAGGAGCAUGGGGAGCAUGGGGAGCAUGGGGAACAUGAGGAGUAUGGGGAGCAUGAGGAGCAUGGGGAGCAUGAGGAGCAUGGGGAGCAUGGGGAACAUGAGGAGCAUGAGGAGUAUUGGGAGCAUGGAGAGCAUGGGGAGCAUGAGGAGCAUGGGGAGCAUGGGGAGCAUGGGGAACAUGAGGAGCAUGAGGAGUAUGGGGAGCAUGGAGAGCAUGGGGAGCAUGGGGAGCAUGAGGAGUAUGGGGAGCAUGAGGAGCAUGGGGAGCAUGAGGAGCAUGGGGAGCAUGGGGAGCAUGAGGAGCAUGGGGAGCAUGGGGAGCAUGAGGAGCAUGGGGAACAUGAGGAGCAUGAGGAGCAUGGGGAGCAUGAGGAGCAUGAGGAGCAUGGGGAGCAUGGGGAGCAUGAGGAGCAUGGGGAACAUGGGGAGCAUGAGGAGCAUGGGGAGCAUGAGGAGCAUGGGGAGCAUGGGGAGCAUGAGGAGCAUGGGGAGCAUGAGGAGCAUGGGGAGCAUGGGGAGCAUGGGGAGCAUGGGGAACAUGGGGAACAUGAGGAGCAUGGGGAGCAUGAGGAGCAUGGGGAACAUGGGGAGCAUGGGGAGCAUGAGGAGCAUGGGGAGUACGGGGAGCAUGGGGAACAUGGGGAGCAUGAGAAACAUGGGGAGCACGGGGAACAUGGGGAGCAUGGGGAACAUGGGGAGCAUGAGGAGCAUGGGGAACAUGGGGAUCAUGAGGAGCAUGGGGAGCAUGAGAAGCAUGGGGAGCAUGUCAUCAUGCAGACUGACAUGGUGCUGGAAAAGUUGCUGACAGGCAGCAGGAAUAGAGAAACACUGGGACUGACUUGGGCUUUUUGA